CAUUAUUGGCCUGUUCCGGGCUGUAAAUGUCUUUCCUAAUCAUUCUCAUGAUUACUUUGAGCCAAAACAGUGUUUGCACGACAACAGACACACAGGAUAGGAGGAAGAGAGCGUAAUAGCACAUAUACCCUUGCCUUACAUGGGCAAAUAUCUGUACUCAGCGAGUCGGCUGGAAUUUGGAGCUGUGACGUCAGCGGCCGCUGCUGUCCCAGUCUGGUCUAGAAUUGGGAAAAAGAAGUUUGCUAGACUUUUGUGAGGGAAUUGAAACUCUAGCUAGCUAUAUUCCUAGAGAGAGCGAGAUAGUGGACGGCGAGGUGCUUUCUCAUUGAGCUGAGGACUCAUCCGUCUUGGGUACGCAGCAACCUGAGGACUCAUCCGCCUGGGGUACGCAGCAACCUGAGGACUCAUCCGUCUGGGGUACGCAGCAACCUGAGGACUCAUCCGCCUGGGGUACGCAGCAACCUGAGGACUCAUCCGUCUUGGGUACGCAGCAACCUGAGGACUCAUCCGUUGGGGGUACGCAGUAACCUGAGGACUCAUCCGUCGGGGGUACGCAGCAACCUGAGGACUCAUCCGCCGCGAGGCCUGUGCACCCAUAGGGAGAGAAGGAGCCUGAUCCUGCAGUGACUGCCUGGUCCCGCUGUCAGUUUGGAAGAUUUUGAACCAUGUGGACCCCUUCCAGCAGUGAUGGAGCCCACCUGGGGCAGGUGACGGCCAGGGUGGAGACCACGCCUGCCUUGGGGACCUCCAGCAUCUCUGUCUCCCAGCAACAGGCCCCCAAGAAGUUCGCCCCUGUGGUUGCACCCAAGCCCAAGUUCAACCCGUAUAAGCAUCCUGGAGACCCUGCCCACGCUGAUGCUGGAGAGGAGUAUCCCCCCCCGCCGCCUCCUCCGACAGACGAGCCCAGGGAUCUCCCAUCGCCCACCUCCUUCCCUCUCCCCCCGGUCCUGGAUGGGUACCAGAUGAAGGGACCAGAGAAAACCCUGGAGCAGAGGCGUUCCAGUCUGGACGCUGAGAUAGAUUCUCUCACCAGCAUCUUGGCCGACCUGGAGAGCAGCUCUCCUUACAAGCCCCGCAACACACAGAACUCUGGAGUCCCGGCCGUCACCAGCCCCAACGCCGCUGUGACGGGCUACAAGCGCAUGGUCAUCCCUACCCAGCCCCCCCUGACGGCCACCCUGAAGUCCACCCCCAAGACCCCCGCCCCUGCCUCCUCCACCCCCCCCUCCUCUGCCAGCCCCGUGCCCAAGCCCCAGCCCCAGCCAGUCCCAGCCUCCUACGCCACCGCCUCCACCCCCAGCCAGCCCACCUUCAACGUCCAGGUACGCUCCUCCCAGCCCGGGCCCCAGCACCAGGCCCCAGGGAACCACCCCGCAGCCCCGCAGCCCGCCCGCGGUCCGGCCCAGCACCGGGGCCCUGACUUCGCCUUCGGGCCCCCCCAGCCAGGCUUCGCCCCCGUGUCCCAGAGCGCCUACCAGGACCAGCCCGCCUAUGGAGGACCCCCGGCCGCCUGGAGACCUGAUGGCCCCCCUAGCCAGGCCUACCCACCCUCAGGCCCCCCCAGCCAGGCCUACCCACUCUCAGGCCCCCCCAGCCAGGCCUACCCACCCUCGGGCCCCAAGAAGACCUACAUCACCGACCCCCCGGCCAGCCUGGCCCCCUACAGCUCCGGGCCACUGCCUCCACACAAGGGCCCCGCUCCACGACCAGAGGAAGAGCUGGAGCGUCUCACCAAGAAGAUGUUGUUUGACAUGGAUCACCCUCCGGCACAGGAGUACUUUGCGAGGAUGCGUCUGGAAGGAGGGUGUCGACACGUGGUGGGAGGGACCAUGUGCACUGGUCACUGUGCAGAAGUUGGCAAAACUGCUCAGAGGAGCGGUAUGUGUGUGAGAGUGUGUGUGUGUGUGCCUCCCCAACGCUUGUGUCUUAAUGGAUCGUCCUUCCAGAACACCCUGGAGGCCUGCACCAUCUGCAGCAAGCCCAUCAUGGAGCGCAUCCUGCGGGCCACGGGGAAGGCCUACCAUCCCCACUGCUUCACCUGCGUGGUGUGCCAGCGCAGCCUGGAUGGCAUCCCCUUCACCGUGGACACGGCCAACCACAUCCACUGCAUAGAGGACUUCCACAAGAAGUUCGCCCCGCGCUGCUGUGUGUGCUCUGGACCCAUCAUGCCUGCCCCCGGCCAGGAGGAGACCGUCCGCAUCGUGGCGCUCGACCGAGACUUCCACGUGCAGUGCUACCGCUGCGAGGACUGCGGGGGCCUGCUGUCGGAGGGGGAUAACCAGGGCUGUUACCCGCUGGACGGACACGUUCUCUGCAAGAACUGUAACACCAGCCGUAUCCAGGCUCUGACCGCCAAGGCAACCACUGACCUCUGAACCUUGACACCCUCGUGACCUCUGCUGCUCUGCCCUCAGGCUUCCCCCUCGCUCUCUCCCCUCUCUGUCUCCCUC